UAGUUAAUGGAAACUCAUGCGGACGUACGGUUACAUUACCGGGAAGCAUGCUGAUUAGUAAAUAAGUCUUUAAUGAAGACAAUAUUUUGUUGAAGUUUCCUAAUUUGUAAUAUGGCCUGGAGAGCUCUUAAUAAUUAUGCCAUUAGCACUAGCAAGAAUAGCAUAAUGGGAAUGGUUCAAAAAAUGUAUUUAAGUGAAAUGAGUCUAUCAAGACCAAAGAAGGAAAAGUAUCCAUUAAUGUACAAAGUUCGUGUUAUUAACCAAGACGGUUCAUCGUAUUUUACAAGAUAUCAUCUUCCAAUCGGCUGUAUUCGUUUACCGGUUGAUCCUAAUUCCUUGACUGAAGAGCAAAUGAAAGCUAGGUUAAAAAGACAAAGAAACGAAAAAAAAAUAAUUUUAUCCGAAUACAAAGAAGAUGUUCAGUUUGAUCGCAGAGCUAUGGCUAACUUAAUGAAGAAGAAAUAAUAUUAGAAUUGUUAAUAAAGAAUUUCAUCUAUUUGUAUUUUUGUGACUUUUUUACUGGUGAGUCGUAAAUUUA